UACAAAAACCUGCCCUUGUUAUUAUGAUUUAUUAGUUUGUUUUUGGCUGAAGUGCAGUUUUUACCUACUAAGCCUUUCUCCUUUUCUCUUCUAUAGACUCUGGAGUGGUGCACCCCAUACUGUGCCCUGCUGGCUACUUCUGCCCCCCUGGCACAGGCCUGGCAAAUGAUUGGCCUUGCCCAAGGGGGACCAUCAACUCUCAAAUGGGGAGAGUGAGCAUCUCAGACUGCCAGCUUUGUCCUGCAGGGAUGUACUGUUCAGCUCCAGGCUUGUCUGCCCCAUCAGGUCCCUGCCAGGCUGGCUUCUACUGUACGGCCGGUGCCAUCAGCCCAAAUUCGACUCAGUACAGGGUAACACUGAAUUUACAUUCUGACACACCACUUAUGAUUUGGGUGGUCUUCUUCAAUGUCACCUUACUGUAUUUUUUUUCCAGGUUAAAUCUGAAGCUGGGGCCAUCCUGGGUAGUUACAUGUGCCCUGAGGGUCACUAUUGCCCCUUGGGAUCCAGCCACCCCGUUCCUUGUCCCUCUGGAUCCCUCUCCAGCUCUCAGGGCCUGCAGGAGGUGUCCGAAUGUUUGCAGUGUCCACCGGGGCACUACUGUGACCGACUUGGCCUGACUGAUUUACGAGAGGCAGGACUUUGCAGCGCUGGGUACCACUCCUAUCCCUCACAUUCUGUCUGCUUGAGAGUAGAAGAAGCACCUAAUGCAGCCAAUUAAACAUAACAAGCACAGCGAAACUCCAUAACAGAAAGUCUAAAUGUGCACAUGCGAGUGUGUGGGGAAGCGUUAGACAGAACACUCCCAGCAUGGCAUCUGAAUGCCCACUCGUUUUCAUUCUGCCUUUAUCCACAGAUUUGUCUGCAUUGGUGGAAGUGAGAGUGACCGUCCUAUUGAUGGCCUUAAAGGUUAUCUGUGUCCCAAAGGAUUCUAUUGUCCUGCUGGAUCUGCCAUUGAAGUGCCCUGUGAACCUGGUACCUACAGUCCGAUGCCAGGGGCUAGCUUCUGUCUUCCGUGCCCCCCUGGCACCAUGUGUAACACUCCUGGCACGAAAGAACCCAUCAUUUGCUCCGCAGGUCACUAUUGUCCAGUGCAGACAGCUUAUCCAUUACCAUGUCCAGCAGGCACAAUGAACAUGAUGGAGGGUGCCCUGUCGGCCACAGCAUGCGUGGCAUGCCCAGCUGGAUCAUUCUGCAGAGGGGAGGCUAAUGAUCAACCAGAUGGUCCCUGUCUUCAAGGAUAUUUUUGCCAGGGAGGAGCGACUGAUGCUGUUCCUUUGGUCAGUGAGAUGUUCCCUAGGAAUGGCUUUUGUCCAUCAGGUCACUACUGUCCAGAGGGGGCACUCACCCCAAUGCCGUGCCCCCUGGGAAGUAUCCGAAACAACACCGGUGGCACCUCAUUGGAGAGCUGUUUGCCCUGCCCGGCAGGCCAUUAUUGUGCCAGUGAAGGUCUCCAGAUGCCAAGUGGUUCCUGUCUUCCAGGCUUCUAUUGUCCAGCGGGUUUUUCUGCUCUGAGCCCUAAUGCCUUCUUAUGCCCUAAGGGCCAUCAUUGUCCACCUGGAUCAGCAAGCCCACUGCCCUGCCCUGCUGGAGAGUACCAGCCUAACCGGGGCUCAGAGGUGUGUGUCCCCUGCCAACCCGGAUACUACUGUGAGGAGACAAUCGCUGGAGAUCCUCAACCCUGCCCACCACACACUUACUGCCCACCCGCCACUAAAGUCCCUCAGCUCUGCCACAAUGGCACCUUCACUCCUGCCCACACGUCAGGUCUGCAAGAGCCGAACGAUUGCCUGCCGUGUCCUCCAGGGAAGUUCUGCAGACGAGGACAGAUACAAGGGAGCUGCGCCGCCGGCUUUUUCUGUCUGUCCGGGAGCUAUGAGUUUACUCCACAUGGCCCUUCUGUGGCCGCAGCCUGCCCACCUGGAGUCAUCUGUGCGGGCCUCUGUCCUGCAGGAUUCUACUGUCCUGAGGGAACUGAUGAGCCACUGGCAUGUCCCCCCAACACUCUUCGCUCUUUGCCCGGUGCCAGACACAAGGCUGACUGCCUUCCCUGCCCUUCCGGCUACUGGUGCCAUCAAGGCAAGUGUGGAGACAUUCUUUAG